CAAUUGCUAUCUAGUACAGUACAAAUGGAUAAAGAUCAGUGCUACGGAAGGAUUUGCAAAGAACGCCAUUCAUGAUUUCAGAAGUGAUCGGUGAAACAACUUCGUGAACUCAUUCAUCGCACAGAGAGCUUGGUCUAUACAGAAUCAGGGUAUCGUCAGCCUCUAACAGAUAACGGUACUGCAAACAGCGAAUUACUCAAUUUUGGACUUUGAGCUUGUGAACACAGAAGGGACCAGCACUGUGAACAUGGACGGGUCUGUAGGAGACUCACCUAAAGCUAUUAUACCAUCUGUCAUUAAAGAAGAGGUGAUUGCAGAAGGAAAAUGGGUAAAACUUGAAAAGACAACCUACAUUGACCCUUCUGGCAAAACAAGGACCUGGGAAACGGUGAAGAGGACGACUAAAAAGCAUACUUCUUCAGCUGAUGGUGUUGCAAUAUUUGCUGUUUUAAACAGAACUCUCCACUAUGAUUGCCUUGUGAUGGUAAAACAGUUCAGACCACCAAUGGGCUGCUACUGCCUUGAGUUUCCAGCAGGCCUCAUUGAUGAUAAUGAAAGUGCAGAGGAUGCUGCUUUGAGGAAACUACUGGAAGAGACUGGAUACAAAGGAGAGGUGGUUGGGGUCUCUCCAGCCAUUUGUCUAGAUCCUGGUUUGACAAAUUGUACAACCCACAUUGUGACGGUCAAUAUUAAUGGAGAUGAACCUGAAAAUAUCAAACCCAAACAAAAGCUUGAUGAUGGAGAAUUUGUGGAGGUAGUUCUAGUUCCUCUAAAUGAAUUGCAGAAGAAAAUUGAUGAAAUGGUUAAGAAAGAAAAUGUGGUGGUGGAUGCAAGAGUUUACAUCUAUGCCAUGGGGAGGACACAUGCAAAAUCAAAGCCAACUGAACUGCCAGUUCUGAAAUCCUGAAUACAAGUUGACAUUCCUGUUUUAUAUAUUUGUAAUGGGUCCAAAUACAGUUAUUUGGCAUAUGUUUGAACACAAUUCAAAGAAAACCACAAUUCCAGAAUUACCUGUUAAGAUGCCUUAUGUUUUCAACUUUUAAUAAAGUGAUCAUUAGAAACCUG